AUGGCUGUCGUAUCAAAUCAGCAAUCGAUCAUGACGCGAGUCGACAAGUAUGUUCAUGCAAUGAGUAAUGAUGUCCUGGAUCUUCAAGCCGUCCAGACAAGUACGCAGCAAGAUAACCUGUACCAGGACGUGAGAGGAUGGUUAAGCUCUCAGGAAGACAACAACGCGAACAGCCAACUGCACGAGAGAAAUCUGAAAGCCCGAGAGCAAGGAAGCGGCGAAUGGCUUUUCAGCCACAACGACUUUCAAAACUGGUUAACGACCAAAAGGAAGGGAUCACAGACGAACCUUUGGUUGAGGGGCUCUCCUGGGGUUGGAAAAUCAUACUUAUGUUCUACCGCCAUCGAGCAUGUCUCGAAACAGCUGGGAGAAAUCUGUUUGUACUAUUUUUACCGUUUCGAUGAUCAACCCGAGACUGGCUCGAGCGAUGGGAUACGUGCAGCAGCUCUUCUUGUCGAUCAGUUAUUCCGACACUUCUGGAAACAGGACCAACGAAUCGCCGCCCAUGUGAACGACUACAUCAAGACGACGGAGAAAAAUAUGACAUCACUCGCAGAAACCGCGCGGCUGAUUAUCAAGCAGGGUAAUCAAUUCUCUCAGGAGAAGGGCAUUGCGCCACAGGCGAAUUCACCCAGUGUCUACCUCUUCCUUGACGGGCUAGACGAAAACAAACACUCCCACGCCGCCGAAGACAUCCUUAAGCUAUUCGAGAGUGUUGACGAGGAGCCUUCAAUCCUCCGAAAAACCUGGAUUAGCUCCCGAGAAACAAAUGUUCUAAACAUUCAUUUGCGACAAUGGCCAAUGGUAAAUGUUGAUAAGCAUGCCGAAGUCGACGUCAAAGAUUUCUUGACACGCAUGGUGCCGAAACUUGAAAGAAGUGGGGACAAUGUCCAAGAUGUCGAGGGCCAGCCGCUUGACGAAUGGGUCUUGCAAAAGUUGCAGGCAAAAGCUGAAAGCAACUUCCUCUAUGCUCGACUUAUGGUAGAGUGGUUGAAGGAAGACGUGUUUACCAUUGAUGAUGUUAUCACCUUCAUCAAGUCCAGGGUGCCCAACAAUAUCGCUGAGAUGUACAAGCGGAUCUUCCGCCAAUACCAAAAAGACCAACACAGAUACAUCAGUAUCCUGUUUUCCCUGGUCGCCUUCGCUCGCCGCCCUUUGCGUCUAUAUGAGCUUCGAGAGGCAAUGACGAUAGCAUUGUCCGAACGUGACAAGGGGCUGGACCCUCGCAAGGUCCCAAGAAACCUACAUCGGCUGUUUGCCCCUUUAGUGGAGACUCAGAGCGACCCGAAGGAGCCAGAUAACCCAUUUUGUCGGCUGUGUCACUCGACUGUCCAAGAGUUUUUGGUCACCCAUCCUGAUGUUCUAAGCGACAGAACCUCAAAUCAAGCCUCAAUCAGGUUCCAAAUCUCUGCUUCUGAAGUGGGGGACGUUUGCCUUCGCUAUCUGUCUCAGUCGCGAUAUUCGACAUUUGUAGGCUUGGCGCCUGGUGAGUGUCAUAUACCGCUCGGUCUCACGUAUGACGACGCCCAGCAACACGGCCUCUUGCCCUACAGUGCCAAAUACUGGGAUCGACAUCUGGAGGACGUGGAACCCACACAAGAACGUCGGGAGGAACUUCUGAAGUUUCUGCAGUCUCCCAAUUUCCAGACCUUGAUCCAGGUCCAGAGCCUGUUCGUCACAGGCCAUUUCACACAAUUCAGACUGAUAGGUUCCGAUCUAACCAGCAGACCGAUGUAUCGACGAGCUCUUCCGGACUGGUUUGGAUUGAUAGUAGAUAAGGACGUCGAAUUCAUCAAGCUAGCUGAAAAAUUUCGUCGUGAUUAUCGUCACUUCAUGCAUGAAUGGGGAUACCUUCUCGAGCACGGUAUCUGCGCAUCGGACACGUCGGCACAAUGUUUGCGCCAAUACUUCUGCGGAGAAGUCGACAGGUGUUUAACUGGCCUUCUCGGGCCGGAGCACUUCAUGAACCGGAUGAAGGAAAAAUACCCGAGCUUCAUGCUGACGAAUCAACCUUUCAACAUGCACAAGUCUGAGGAAUUAAUAAUCGCCGAUGCGGUUUGCGUUUCUAAAUCUCAGUUCAUUGUUUUGUCAUCCACAUCAAAGGAAUUGGGACAGGUUUCUUUGGACACGUGGGAUUUUGGGGUGCCGGGAGUCCCUCGAUGUGUCUCAAGAAGCACCAUUUUCGCCAGCAACAUCGACUUGCAGUCCAAUGCUGGUAGCUCCAUCGCGUUCUCCAACGCGGUUGCCACAGUCUUGUCCAACAUGAAAGACUAUGGUUCUAAACUCAUCCUCAGCCACGGAACGCACUCGAAUCUCGAACCUCUUUCAACCGAUGUUGCAAUGCGUGAUGGAAUCAUUGUUGUUGCAAGCCGUAACGUGCACAGGCACCUAAAGGAGAAGUCGGCGAAGGGCAAGGCCGGCAGAAAGCAUACUGCCAAACUUUUGCAAGGCUUGUAUUCUGACUCAUCAGAAACAGGAAGUGAUGAAGAUUCUGAAGACGAGUACUCAGCCGACGAGAAUUCCGCUUACGAGACUUGUAGUGAUGGGUCUACGGAUUUCGACUCUGAUGAGUCAGAAGAAGAGAUAACAGGGGACGAUAUGGACUCUGAUGAACAGUCUGAUGAGUACUUGGACGACGAUACGGAUGAAGAGGAAAACGAAAUUGAGCCAGCAGAUGGCGAAGCUGAAGCAGAGAUUGGCCAGCGGCAAAAGCGCAAGCAGAGGCUCGUGGCCAACUACCAGAUGCCGGCAGAAAGCAACCUAGAGCUCGAAGGUGACUUGUUGAAACAAGAGCAAAAAGACCGGCCGACAUAUCCAGGCAUGCCAAGCCGCGUCAGAGAUCCGAAAGACCGCAUCACCACCACCAUUGCAGUAUACGACAUGACUUCAGGAGAUGCCGUGCGUCUAUUUCACUACGACCAUGACACUCCCGUCACCUGCAUGCUAUAUCACUCCCCGCCCGUACUACAUCCCAAGAAGGCCCUUGUUGUAUGGCCCUCAGGAGGCGGUGAGGUCCUCUUUGCUGAUUUUGAGGAGAAGACGUACUUCAUCAGAGCGAUCAUGCCCACAACAAGGGACAGUUAG